AUGACCACACACACGCCAGAAGCGACCACCCUUGAAGUUAAGUUAAACUCACCUACGUCUCGUAUGACCACGGUUACUGUACCCACUACAACAUUCAAGUACAAUUUUACAUUGAUACACGAAACAUGGCCAACGGUAUUUUUCAACGCUAAAGCUCCCAAAAGUCAUUUUAAAUUAGUUUCAACGGAUUACCAAAAGCAGAAUAAAACAAUUCUUACCCAGCCUCAAAUCAUGCCCCCAACAUUGUCUUGGUCAAACUCAAGCGACGGGGCUCGUUAUUUAGUUUACGUUUGUGACGAGAGACAUGGCUGCGGUGGAUUGGGAGACCGACAGCGAACCAUAGUUUCUCUUUACGUCCUCUCUAGGCUUGUCAACCGACGUUUUAGUAUAAUCAUGAGUAGUCCUUGUGACAUUACACAUUUCUUUGUGCCAUUUAAAGUACAAUGGUUGCCACCUCCAGAUCUUGACCCACCGACCAAAGAUAACACCGUAUAUGAAAUGACAACAGGUACUGGGUUGAAGUUUUCUUCAAGUCUAAAAUCCGGAGAUUUCAACGAAAUGUACCCACAGAGAGUUUUGUAUCUUAUAACUAACAUCGACAUGUUUGAUUAUUUUGGUGUCAACCCUAUAUAUUCCAGCGUUUUUAAACAGUGGAACGGUCUGCUAACCAGGCGAGGUAGAUUUCACUGGGCAUGGGGCGAACUCAUGCGACCAACACCCCCAGUUAUGUCUGAACUGGUAUCCAUUCUUGGAGAAACUUUUCUCAAGAAAAAAGGCGUACUUCCAGUUAAUGAUGGUCGGGCGACGAAGUUAAAAUCUCUUUAUGAUGUCGGCAACACUAGCCUCAUCUGUGCACAUGUCCGCGUUGGUCAGAAUCCAUCAAACCCACAUGAUGAACCUUUCACGGCUGUUACUGUUGAAGAUUUGCCAAUGUUACAUAAUUUCAUGCUUUCCAAAGAUACGAAAGGAGACGCCAUGUUUUACGUAGCUUCUGAUUACAUCAAUGUUAGGAUCCUUUCACAUAAUUUCUUCGGUAAACGUUUCUUGGAAUAUGGAGCUCAAAUCAAGCAUAUAGACCGUCAGCGAAGUGGCUCCGAUGCCUGUGAUGGUUUCAAGUGGACCUUAGUAGAUCAAUUUAUUUUAUCUCUGUGUGAUGUUCUUGUGAUGAGCCCAAGUGGUUUUAGUCUUGGAGCGUACUACACAAGCAACAGUACAGACACUACGUACAUUUUAGGAGAUGGAAAAAUUAAACCUUAUUAUGAAUAA